AUCAUAUGACCCCUUUAACUACAUCCAAAAAAAAACAGAGGUAGGCUACUGUGUCGAUGCUUUUUAGAAUUUGCUUUCUUUUGCGAAGUUUAAAAGACUAAACCAAAUAAGAAUGCAAAACCAUGGUCUUCAAAACGGUUGAGGAUUAAAGGGUUAAUUUUUUUUUUUUUUUUUUUUUUCAGUAUUAAAACCAAACCUGCCUUUGCAACUUCAAAACAAUAAAACACACUGCUGAUAAAGUUUAAUGUGGUAUCAGGUGAUGCAUCAUUCAUAAAGCAUACGCUGAGAAAAAAAAAUGAAUCAUAAUCUUAAGUAACACAAUGACGCAGGUUAAUUGAGACAGCAGGUGCAACUUCAGAACAUCACUAACCAAUUUACUAAUAUUUCUAUUAAACAUCAGAACUUUUUGAGAAUGGAAAGAUUCGUUAUUACUCAUUCAAUCAUUCAUUAUUUUUAUCAUACCCUUACAAAAGAGCAUGCUGUGGAAGUGGUUCAGUGAUAAUGUCAGAUGGAAAUGCCAUAGUACUCUGAAAAUGUAAACAACCAGUUUUAAAAAAAAAGAACAUAUUGCCAUGGUAGUACAAUGUCCAAAGACCUGAUAUAGGUCGAAAGAGACAUGAUAUUACCAUGGCACACGUCCAAAGGAAGAAAAAAAAACUCAUCAGAUGUACCAUGGUACUUUUGCCACCUUUCAAAGUGCAUUUAUUGUCCUGAACUUUUUAUCUGCGUCUCUACAGUGCUCUUAGGCAGUGAUCGUGGCAGUGGCAAGUGCCAAGGGGCAUUACAACAGCAAGCGGCCAUCUGGCAGCCCAGCGAACUAGCAGCAACCCCACCAGCUGCAGUCGCAAAACGCCCUUACAAAGCAGGACAUGCGAGCAGCUUCUGACGUCUGCGGCCACACUGCGCUACAAAGCGUACCAAAGCAAGAGCGGAAACCAUGAAAAACUAUCCUUCAAAACAGCCCGAUUUAGACACACAUGAGUUGCCCGGGCGCACACGCGAGACCGUUUUAGCCGCUUUUGAAUUUGCGAGUAGUUUUGACGAAUAUUUACCCCGCUAAAAUAAAUAAAGGACUCAUGCAGGGGCAGUUCAAUACCCCGACAUGGCGGCAAGAAAAAGAGGAGAGCUUUUUACUAUUUUGGAAACUAGCACUGACACAGAAACGAACGCGCUCUCCGACAGCGAGGACUGCCCGUUAAAUCUCCCCGUCGAUGUGAAGUGGUUCGAGAUUCCUUUCAGAAAGUCCGAGUCGGACGAGGAAGACGAGGAACUGCAGGAGGACAAGCGGGAGCCUGAGCUGGAGAGCGCGGCGGCUGCGGCUGCGGCGGCGGCGGAGGGAGAAGACACUGCGGACUCCGCCAGCUACAUCGCGGGAGGCGGCUGCAAUAUCAUUUUAGUCACUGGAAAUGGGAUCAAGCACGAGGACUACGAGGAGGACUCCUAUUAUGCGACUUCCAAUAACUGCUCUGAAACCUCUUCGACCGACUCGGACAUCGAUUUUUCCGACCUAGAAGAGGAGGAACACCCAGCUUUAUUCAGCACAUAUGAUGUUUUGGACGACGAGUGCACUUCUCCGGAUUUCUGGGGAGAGCCUGACCAGGUAAUAUCAAUUGAGCCUUUCACCGCUGACAGUGGCCCUCAGCACUCGCUAGGGGAUGAUGCUGACACUUUAGACUAUUUCCGGUUGUUCUUCCCAGAUUCAUUGUUUGAACACAUGGUAGAACAAACAAACAACUACGCCCUCUAUCGGCAAAGGAGAAGCGGUAGAUCAGACGCCCACUGGCACCCCACUGACAUUAGAGAAAUGAGGGCAUAUGUUGGCCUGAACAUCCUCAUGGGCAUCAAUCAGCUGCCAGAGUAUGGCAUGUACUGGGCCAGUGACAUUUUCAUAGGUAAUGCUGGCUUUAAGAAAACAAUGACUGCCCGGCGCUUUGAAAAGCUCAACCAAAACCUGCAUUUAUGUGAUCGGGAGUCAGAGCCUUCCAAAGGGGAGCUGGGUUAUGAUGGGCUUUACAAAAUACGCCCCCUGUUGGAUAUGGUUGGAAGUACCAUGUGGGAUGCCUACCUCCCUAACCGCUGUUUGACUAUUGAUGAGUGUGCUAUCGCCCCGAAAGGCCGCUUUUCGCCAACCCAGUACAUGCCGUCAAAGCCUUUGCGGAAGGGAUUGAAAGUGUGGAUGCUUUGUGACUCUCGCUCGGGCUUCUGCCACCGCACUCGUAUUUAUGUCGGUAAGCCGAGCGACGAUCUGGCAGCUGCUGCAUUGAGCCACAAGGUGGUGACAUCACUGGUAAGGGGGCUUGAGGGUAGACACCACCACAUUUUCAUGGACAGCUUCUUCACGUCGGUGCCCCUGCUGCAGCAACUGCUGCAUCAAGGGCUUUACGCCUGCGGCCCUACCAACCCGUGUCGCCGCGGUUACCCCGAAGCCCUCAAACCUUGCAAUGUGGGGAAGUUAGCGCCAGGUGAAUUCUACCAGUGCCAGCACGGGAACCUGGUAGCCACCAUCACAAAGGAUGCUAAAAUUGUUAGCUGUGUGUCUUCUAACUCUGCACCUGGCAUUGUGGGCAUCGGACCAGGUAAACGCGAUGGAGACGCAAGUGAUGGAGACUGCGGACUGGCGGGGCUCGGGAUACCUCGUCCACUUCCACUGCUUUUAUACCAAGAGAACAUGAGGGGUGUUGAUUUGUGCGACCAGCUUAGGGAGUGCUACCAGGUUGGGAGGCCGUGUAAAAAAUGGUGGCGCUACUUCCUGUGGUUUUACGUAAACCUCUGCAUCGUCAAUGCCUAUGUGGUACAGCGAGAAAGCCGAGGAGGCUCGCCACCAGCAGGGUUUAAUGGGAAACAGUUUACACAGCGUCAUUUCCGUAUUCGCCUGGCGCAACAGCUGAUUGGUGACUACCAGGGGGCAAGGGGGAUGGAGCGGGCGGCCCGUAAACGCCAUGCGGAUUCGCCCUUGGAGUACGGGCACCGCCUCGAGCGCAUGUCAGAACGCUCACGGCGCUGUCGGAACUGCACUAACAAAGGCCUGAGACACGAGAGUGUGUUCGGGUGUAAGAUCUGCAACGUGCACCUGUGUAGAGGAGGGUGUUUCAGUGAAUUCCAUAAAUGAGCAUUUUUUU